GUGUGCGUGUGUGUGCGUGUGUGUGUGUGUGUCUGUGUGUGUGUCUGUGUCUGUGUGUGUGUGUGUGUAUGUCUGUGUGUCUGUGUGUGUGUCUGUGUAUGUGUGUGUGUGUCUGUGUGUGUGUGUCUGUGUGUGUCUGUGUAUGUGUGUGUGUGUCUGUGUAUGUGUGUGUCUGUGUGUGUGUCUGUGUAUGUGUGUCUGUGUGUGUGUCUGUGUGUGUGUGUCUGUGUGUGUGUGUCUGUGUGUAUGAGAGACAGUGUGUGUCUCUGGAGAGUUACUCCCCUGCAGCUGAUAAGGAACCGACUCCGGGAAGCGCAGGGACAGUGUCUGGUUACACAGAGAACCCCCCUCCCCCCAGGGAAUGAUCCACUGACAGUCACCUCCCCCCACCCCCCCUCCUGCUGCUCCUCCCUCUCUGACAGACAGCAGCUCCCGAGAAACCCCUAGUCCUGGAGUGUCUGCCUCUGUCAGUGAAUCGCAGCAGAUGUGGGGGGAGAGAGAGAGACAGAGAGAGAGAGGGUGUGAGAGAGAGAGACAGAGAGAGGGUGAGUGUGUGUGAGAGAGAGACAGACAGAGAGAGGGUGAGUGUGUGUGAGAGAGAGACAGACAGAGAGAGGGUGAGUGUGUGUGAGAGAGAGAAAGACAGAGAGAGAGGGUGAGUGUGUAUAUGUGAGAGAGAGAGUGUGUGUGUGUCGGAGAGAGAGAGAGAGACAGAGAGAGGGUGAGUGUGUGUGAGAGAGAAAGACAGAGAGAGGGAGUGACUGUGUGUGUAUGAGAGAGAGAGACAGAGAGAGGGUGAGUGUGUGUGAGAGAGAGAAAGUCAGAGAGAGGGUGAGCGUGUAUAUGUGAGAGAGAGUGUGUGUGUUGGAGAGAGAGAGGGUGAGUGUGUGUGAGAGAAAGAGAGACAGAGAGAGGGUGAGUGUGUGUGUGUGUGUGAGAGAGAGAAAGAGAGACAGAGAGAGGGUGAGUGUGUGUGUGAGAGAAAGAGAGACAGAGAGAGGGAGUGACUGUGUGUGUGUGUGUGUGAGAGAGAGAGAGACAGAGAGGGUGAGUGUGUGUGUGUGUGAGAGAGAGAGACAGAGAGAGGGUGAGUGUGUGUGUGUGUGAGAGAGAGAGACAGAGAGAGGGUGAGUGUGUGUGUGUGUGAGAGAGAGACAGAGGGUGAGUGUGUGUGAGAGAGAAAGCAGGAGAGAGAGAGCGAGGGGGCAGAGUUGAGAGAGGGGGGCAGGAUCAGUGUGCAGUGUUUGAAUGUGAGGCUGUUGUUGAGCAGAGUCUGAGAGCUGGGCAGAGGGACAGGGGACUGUGCCCGGAGUAGAGUGGCACUGUAUUACCGCUGCCAGUUUCCCAGGGACAGGCUGUGUCAGCUGGUGAGGAGGCAGCUCCAUGGAGUCUUCGAAGUUCCUGGACUCAGAGCCAGUCUCUCUGGGUCAGGCUGUGAGUUACUUUGAGGGCAGUCUGCAGAAGGCCAUUCGGGACGUCCAUGUGGAUAUCAGUGUCCUGAAGAAGGAUGUGGAAGGACGAAUCGAGGACAUGUUUAAGCUGCUGACUCCACUCUCACAGACACUGACACAGCUGCAGCAGGAAAACCAGGAGCUGAGGGCCCAGGUCCGAGAGCUGUCCCAGCAGCUGGAACGCGUGACAGCAGCCAGCACUGUCCCCUGGAGGCCAGUGGAUGCAGGGCACGCUCCCCAGCUCCGAGCUACAGCAGCAGCAGGAGAGACAAGCCUACAUCCAGCAACUCACAGAUCAUCAGCAAGAUCCCAUCUGGAUGGGAAAACUCCAGAACAGAACGGGACAGACACAGGCAGAUUAACAAAAGCCAGCACCGAAAUGAGCAAGUUACAAUCCACUAAAGUGCAGGAGCAGAGUGGAGCCGGUAGCCAGACCUCCCCCUCACAGGAACACCGGCCUGCGGCAGUGGGUCUCCCUCACCAGCCCAUCACCGCCAUCACCAAACCCGGGGAGAAAUUCGCAGCAGAAAUGUCAACCACCACCACCGUGCGAUCCGACACCUUCAGCAGCCAAUCAGCUGCCAGCAGGCACCAGGCAGACACCGUGAGUCAAACAGUGCAUCAGUCAGAGUGGAAUAUCAGCACGAGCAAGACCACCUCUUCCGGUAGUUACUCAGUGUCCAGCGAUGUCCACUCUCCAUCCAGUGUCCUUGACCUUUAUCCAGAGGCAGGCAGCAAGCCCCGCUCCCCUCCCCCCACCCUCCUUCGGCAGGGUGAGAAACGGCCCCUCCUGAUGCGGUCACAGACCCUGCCUCGGACGAGCGGACCCCAGGCCAGGAAGGCUCUCUUCGAGAAGUUCGAACAGGAAGGCACCAAGGGCAAAGUCGGAGUUUCUAAGGUAAAACUUCAGAGAUCACAAAGUUUCGGUGUUGCAAGUGCAAGUAGCAUCAAACAGAUCCUCCUGGAGUGGUGUCGCUCGAAGACCAUCGGAUACAAGAUGAUUGAUAUCCAGAACUUCUCAUCAAGUUGGAGCAAUGGAAUGGCGUUCUGUGCUCUCGUCCACUCGUUCUUCCCAGAAGCCUUUGACUACACUGAGCUCAGCCCCAACAACCGCAAGCAGAAUUUUGAGCUUGCGUUUGGGACAGCAGAGAAGUUGGCUCAUUGUGACAGGUUGAUUGAAGUGGAGGACAUGAUGGUGAUGGGGAAUAAACCAGACCCGAUGUGUGUGUUCACCUACGUGCAGUCCCUCUACAACCACCUACGACGCUUCGAGUAAAGAUAAUUUCAUCAGGAUUGGGGCUGGAGAUGAACAAUAUGCCCAGUGCCUCACCCACACCCGUCCUGACAUUAUCCCUGGCGUGGUGGGGUGGGCACAGUCAGCCAUAAUGUCUCCCAGUAAACAGGGAGCACAGACACCAUCGGCAAAUACAAACCGCCCAAUUAUCAGUGUUCACAGCAGAUUUAUAAUGACGCAGAUGUAGCAGCUCACCUAAGAUUCAAAUAAAAGAUUUGACUUGUA